UUUCGCUCUUCGCGCAUGGCGGGUUCUGCUUGCCUCACUUAUCCCCACGUGGUUCGCAUGCAGGUCAUUGCAAUGAGGUUCGGCAUUCGCUCAGACACGCGCAGCGCCACAGCGCUCCUUGACAGGCGACAUUUUAGACAUUAUUCCAAGGGGUACGCACUUGGAAUAAUGUCUAAAAUGGCACGGAUGGUCCUCCGUGAAAGCUAGCAGCCGUCACAUCAAGUGCCAUCCCCUCGAAAUACGCCUUGACACUCCCGGACACCCCUAGACAUGCGCUACGCCAUAGCUUCUCUUUUACCGACGUUAUUCUAUCCGACCUUCCGAACCGGCCUGAAAAUGGGACUCGAUAUAAGAACGAAAGCUGCAUGUUACGAGUUGGCCCUAAACGAAGAGAUCCUUUCUCAAAAUCCCUCGCCGUUCUCCGAAGUCGACUCCUCGCAUCCCCUCAUCGCGUUCCCAUGGUUCGAUCCAACCCCUCUCUCUCUUCGCUCUCACUCACCGGCGAUGGCGACAAUCGUCUCAACUCUAAGGGCCUUGCUAUUGCGCUCCGGUCAUCGUCUAACAGACUCGAGGCCUUGAAACUCUCUCAAGUGCCCAAUUUCCGCCCAGGCUUGCUUGCUGACUGCAGCAGCUUGCGAUCGCUAAGUCUAGGACGAGUCGGAGAGGUCUUUGUAGCCCUCGAGUCGUUUGAAGGCCUCGCGGAAAUGUUAAUGAGGGUGAAGGAGAGGGAGGGAGGAGAGAAAUGGGUAGAAGCAUCUGUGGAAGGUGGAUGGAGGGAGGGUGGAGCAACAGCGGCGUCUACGGCAGCAGUGGCUGCGACAAGGGACGGCAGGAUGGGAGGGACGAGAGUAUAUGUUGAUAUUCGCAUGGCAGCAGCAGCAGCUGAAGCUGAUACUUUUUUCACAGUGGAAUUAGCAAGAACGCUGGUGGUGGUGGAUGCGAUGCUCUUUAUAGACUAUGCAAGAACGGAGAGUCGGUUAGUCGGGCAGAAUUCAAGUUCUCUUAAGAAGGCUGUGCAGCAGGUAGUGCUGGCCAUUUCAGCCUGCCAGUCUGCUCUUCUUGCGAUUGAGGAUGUCGAAGCUCCAACGGGGAGAAGCUGUGCUGAAGCAUGCAUUUGCUGCUUCCUCCCAGACAUCUGUAAUCCUCACUAUGGAGAGAAGCGGAGACGAGGGCAACUUUGAAGGUGACACGCCUAUGGGUGACUACUCAGCUGCUGCAGGGGCUGCUGCAGGGGCUGCUGCAGGGGCUGCUCCAGGGGCUGCUGCAGGGGCUGCUCCAGGGGCUGCUCCGGAGGCUGCUGCGCCCGAUGGUUGGGGUGGUCUGCCAGACGGGUAUCCAUCUGGAAGUCUGUUGGAUGGGUGUCCGUCUGUUCCAGACUGCCCCAUACAGGCUGGCAGGCUGUUGACCUCGCUGCUGCAGCAGCUUGAGCAGCUGGCUCCUGCUGUGUCUCGUUGCCAGGAGCUUAUCGAUGCGUUAUGCGGUAACCGGAAUCGAAUGGUUGAGAUGCGAGCAGCAACUGGGGUAGCGGCAGGAACACGGGCGGCAGGGCAACAGGAGGAAGAGAGGCGGGGAGGAGUGACACGAGGAGGAACACAGGGAGGAGGAACACAAGGGAAGGGGGAGGAGAAGGAGAAGGGAGAGUUGGGGAGCAGAGGCACAGCAGAGGGAGCAGCCGUGCAGAGGACCCAACUGGCAGCGCGCAUGCAGGUUUUCAGCCCUCCACUGGAAACGCUGAUUCUGGAAGAUUCCAGGUUCAGCCGCACUUCCACGCCUACCUGGGUGCUUCAUGACCUUGACAAUGCUUCUCCUCCCUUGUCCCUCGCCCAACCCACCACCGGCUCUCAACCGACCAGUGGAGCUCAACCCACCAGACGGAACCAGCCUAUCAGUGCUGCCUCAUCCAGCCUCUCACCCACCUCCCCUUCUUCCGCUGCCCCCUCAAGCUCUUCCCUUCAGCAGCAGCAGUCGUUUGAGAGCAUUGUUUGGGCCGCUGCUUUUUAGAGGCUGAAGCGGCUGGCGCUGUUGCGCUGCAGUGGGUUAGGUGAGCAGCAGCUGAUUCGGCUGCUCCAGGCAUGCCCUGUGCUGGUCAAACUGAAGGUGAAAGACAACGAGGAGAUUUCAGACAGGGUUGUUCUGGGUAGCGGGCUGGGGAGGCUCACGCAUCUGACUCUGGUGGAGAAGGAGAAGGUGCAGGAAGAGGCUCGGAGGGAGUUGCUUCGGGCAGGGGUGGUGGUGAGGGGAGUGUGAGGGAGCGUGAGGGGAGUGGCGGAGUGAGGGGAGUGUGAGGGAGCGUGAGGGGAGUGGCGGAGUGAGGGGAGUGUGAGGGGACUUAGAGCUUCGAGUUCAUGUCUGCAGAAGUUUCCCCAGGUUGUUGGAGUUGAGGGUGGAAUGUUGGAGCUGCUUCACGCUGGUGAAGGGAGUGUGAGCAUACAGAGUGCAGCUGGCGAAUUUGUGUAAACGGAGUGCGAAGGAGAGUUUGUGGAGUGUGAGGUUUACCGAAUGCAGCAGGCGAAUUAUUUGAGAUAGUUCGGGUUGUAUGUAGCCAAGGCGGUAGCUGCUGCCUUGCUGGUCAAGGCGUUGUUGGAUGCUAGUAACAUGAGAGAUA